AUGGGAGGUGUCAUUAGUAAUCUGGGUCAUCUUCCCGGCCCUGCAGGAGCUCAUGGUGAACCUGGUGCUGCCUGUACAGAACCUGCCUCAUGUUGGCCUUUAGCUGACCAUUGUAUGGGAGGUGUCAUUAGUAACCUGGGUCAUCUUUCCGGCCCAGCAGGAGCUCAUGGUGAACCUGGUGCUGCCUGUACAGAACCUGCCUCAUGUUGGCCUUUAGCUGACCAUUGUAUGGGAGGUGUCAUUAGUAACCUGGGUCAUCUUCCCGGCCCUGCAGGAGCUCAUGGUGAACCUGGUGCUGCCUGUACAGAACCUGCCUCAUGUUGGCCAUUAGCUGACCAUUGUAUGGGAGGUGUCAUUAGUAAUCUGGGUCAUCUUCCCGGCCCUGCAGGAGCUCAUGGUGAACCUGGUGCUGCCUGUACAGAACCUGCCUCAUGUUGGCCAUUAGCUGACCAUUGUAUGGGAGGUGUCAUUAGUAACCUGCGUCAUCUUCCCGGCCCUGCAGGAGCUCAUGGUCAACCUGGUGCUGCCUGUACAGAACCUGCCUCAUGUUGGCCAUUAGCUGACCAUUGUAUGGGAGGUGUCAUUAGUAACCUGGGUCAUCUUCCCGGCCCUGCAGGAACUCAUGGUGAACCUGGUGCUGCCUGUACAGAACCUGCCUCAUGUUGGCCAUUAGCUGACCAUUGUAUGGGAGGUGUCAUUAGUAACCUGGGUCAUCUUCCCGGCCCAGCAGGAGUUCAUGGUGAACCUGGUGCUGCCUGUACAGAACCUGCCUCAUAUUGGCCAUUAGCUGACCAUUGUAUGGGAGGUGUCAUUAGUAAUCUGCGUCAUCUUCCCGGCCCUGCAGGAGCUCAUCGUCAGCCUGGUGCUGCCUGUACAGAACCUGCCUCAUGUUGGCCAUUAGCUGACCAUUGUAUGGGAGGUGUCAUUAGUAAUCUGGGUCAUCUUCCCGGCCCUGCAGGAGCUCAUGGUGAACCUGGUGUUGCCUGUACAGAACCUGCCUCAUGUUGGCCAUUAGCUGACCAUUGUAUGGGAGGUGUCAUUAGUAACCUGGGUCAUCUUCCCUGCCCUGCAGGAGCUCAUGGUGAACCUGGUGCUGCCUGUACAGAACCUGCCUCAUGUUGGCCAUUAGCUGACCAUUGUAUGGGAGGUGUCAUUAGUAAUCUGCGUCAUCUUCCCGGCCCUGCAGGAGCUCAUCGUCAGCCUGGUGCUGCCUGUACAGAACCUGCCUCAUGUUGGCCAUUAGCUGACCAUUGUAUGGGAGGUGUCAUUAGUAAUCUGGGUCAUCUUCCUGGCCCUGCAGGAGCUCAUGGUGAACCUGGUGCUGUUAACCAGUCUUAUGCAGACCAUUAG